CCCAGUGCUGGGGGUGUAACUUCGGAGUUUGGGGCAAAAAGGGAGUAGAGGUGGGCUAAGGAAAGGCAUUGAGUGAAAUUAAAUCAAGAGGAGCAUUCAUUUAUUUAGGAAGUUGCCCUGGUUUGUUCGUAAAUUGCAUUGGGACUCCUGGUGUUUUUUGACACUUGGAGAUGGCGCUGCAUGGUCAGGAGGACGCCGAGAAGUACUUGUUCGUGGACCGGGCCGUGGUCUACAACCCGGCCACCCAGGCUGAUUGGACAGCCAAGAAGCUGGUAUGGGUGCCGUCCGAGCGGCACGGGUUCGAGGCGGCCAGUGUGCGGGAGGAGCGGGGGGAUGAGGCGGUGGUUGUGGAGCUGGCUGAGAACGGCAAGCGGGCCGUGGUGAGCAAGGACGACAUCCAGAAGAUGAACCCGCCUAAGUUCAGCAAGGUGGAGGACAUGGCGGAGCUGACCUGCCUGAACGAGGCGUCCGUGCUGCACAACCUGAAGGAGAGGUACUACUCAGGCCUCAUCUACACCUACUCAGGGCUCUUCUGUGUGGUGAUCAACCCCUACAAGAACCUGCCUAUCUACUCUGAGAACAUUAUCGAGAUGUACAGGGGUAAGAAGAGGCACGAGAUGCCCCCCCACAUCUACGCCAUCUCCGAGUCAGCCUACAGGUGCAUGCUCCAAGAUCGGGAGGACCAGUCGAUCCUUUGCACAGGGGAAUCGGGAGCCGGGAAGACGGAGAACACCAAGAAGGUCAUCCAGUACCUGGCUCACGUCGCCUCGUCCCACAAGGGCCGGAAAGACCACAACAUUCCCCAGCCUGAAUCGCCUAAACGAGUGAAGCUACAGGGCGAGCUGGAGCGUCAGCUUCUGCAGGCCAAUCCCAUCCUGGAGUCCUUCGGAAAUGCCAAGACUGUGAAGAACGACAACUCUUCUCGAUUUGGCAAGUUCAUCCGGAUCAACUUUGAUGUGACCGGUUACAUCGUGGGGGCCAACAUCGAGACCUAUCUGCUGGAGAAGUCGCGAGCCGUCCGGCAGGCCAAGGACGAGCGCACAUUCCACAUCUUUUACCAGCUGUUGGCAGGAGCCGGCGAGCACCUGAAGUCGGACCUGCUCCUGGAGAACUUCACCAGCUACCGCUUCCUUUCCAAUGGCAACAUCCCUAUUCCUGGGCAGCAGGACAAGGACAUCUUCCAGGAAACCAUGGAGGCCAUGAGGAUAAUGAGCUUCUCCCAUGAUGAGAUUACAGCCAUGCUCAGGGUUGUGUCCUCAGUGCUGCAGUUCGGGAACAUCGUAUUCAAGAAGGAAAGAAACACAGACCAGGCCUCCAUGCCCGAGAACACAGCUGCCCAGAAGCUGUGUCACUUGCUGGGCAUGAACGUUAUGGAGUUCACACGCGCCAUCCUGACUCCGCGCAUCAAGGUCGGCCGUGACUACGUCCAGAAAGCACAGACCAAAGAGCAAGCAGACUUUGCGGUGGAGGCUUUGGGUAAGGCCACCUACGAGCGCCUCUUCCGCUGGCUGGUUCAUCGCAUCAACAAGGCCCUGGACAAGACCAAACGCCAGGGCGCCUCCUUCAUCGGUAUCCUGGACAUCGCCGGCUUCGAGAUCUUCGAGCUGAACUCGUUCGAGCAGCUGUGUAUCAACUACACCAACGAGAAGCUGCAGCAGCUCUUCAACCACACGAUGUUCAUCCUGGAGCAGGAGGAGUACCAGCGGGAGGGCAUCGAGUGGAGCUUCAUCGACUUCGGCCUGGACCUGCAGCCCUGCAUCGACCUCAUCGAGAAGCCGACAAACCCUCCAGGUAUCCUGGCCCUGCUGGACGAGGAGUGCUGGUUCCCCAAAGCCACAGACAAGAGCUUCGUGGAGAAGGUGGUCCAGGAACAGGGCACCCACCCCAAGUUCCACAAGCCCAAGAAACUCAAGGAUGAAGCCGACUUCUGCAUCAUGCACUAUGCUGGCCGGGUGGACUACAAGGCGGAUGAAUGGCUGAUGAAAAACAUGGACCCUCUGAACGACAACGUGGCCACGCUCCUGCACCAGUCCACAGACAAAUUUGUGGCCGAGCUAUGGAAGGACGAGAUUCAGAAUUUUCAGAGAGCCUCUUUCUAUGACAAUAUUUCUAGUCUUCAUGACCCACCAGUGGACCGCAUCGUCAGCCUGGAUCAGGUGGCCGGCAUGAAUGAGACCGCCUUCGGAUCUGCCUACAAGACCAAGAAGGGCAUGUUCCGCACAGUGGGCCAACUGUACAAGGAGUCCCUCACCAAGCUGAUGGCCACGCUGAGGAACACCAACCCCAACUUUGUCCGCUGCAUCAUCCCCAACCACGAGAAGAGAGCCGGGAAGCUGGACCCCCACCUGGUUCUGGACCAGCUGAGGUGUAAUGGGGUUCUGGAGGGGAUCCGAAUCUGCAGGCAGGGCUUCCCCAACCGGAUCGUUUUCCAGGAGUUCAGGCAGAGGUAUGAGAUCCUCACACCCAACGCCAUCCCCAAAGGCUUCAUGGACGGCAAGCAGGCCUGUGAGAGAAUGAUCCAGGCCCUGGAGCUGGACCCCAACCUGUUUCGCAUCGGCCAAAGUAAGAUCUUCUUCAGAGCCGGGGUGCUGGCCCACCUGGAGGAGGAGCGGGACCUUAAGAUCACCGAUAUCAUCAUCUACUUCCAAGCCGUGUGUCGGGGCUACCUGGCUCGCAAGGCCUUCGCCAAGAAGCAGCAGCAGCUCAGCGCCUUGAGGGUCCUGCAGAGGAACUGUGCCGCCUACCUGAAGCUACGUCACUGGCAGUGGUGGAGACUUUUCACCAAGGUGAAGCCACUGUUGCAAGUGACCCGGCAGGAAGAAGAGAUGCAGGCCAAGGAUGAGGAGCUGAUCAGGGUGAAGGAGAAGCAGAAUAAGGUGGAGACCGAGCUGGUGGAGAUGGAGCGGAAACAUCAGCAGCUCCUGGAGGAGAAGAACAUCCUGGCAGAGCAGCUGCAGGCGGAGACGGAGCUGUGCGCCGAGGCCGAGGAGAUGCGAGUCCGGCUGGCGGCCAAGAAGCAGGAGCUGGAGGAGAUCUUGCAUGACCUGGAGGCCCGUGUGGAGGAGGAGGAGGAGCGUAAUCAGGGCAUGCAGAACGAGAAGAAGAAGAUGCAGGCGCACAUACAGGACCUGGAGGAACAGCUGGAUGAGGAGGAGGCAGCCAGGCAGAAGCUGCAGCUGGAAAAAGUGACAGCAGAGGCCAAGAUCAAGAAGAUGGAAGAGGACAUCUUGCUACUGGAAGAUCAGAACUCCAAGUUCAUGAAGGAGAAGAAACUUCUGGAUGACCGCGUGAACGAGAUCACGUCUCGGCUCACCGAGGAGGAGGAGAAGGCCAAAAACCUAGGGAAGACAAAGAACAAGCAGGAGAUGAUGAUGGUGGAUCUGGAAGAGCGUCUGAAGAAGGAGGAGAAGACGCGGCAGGAGCUAGAGAAGGCUAAGCGAAAGCUUGACACAGAGACUUCGGAUUUCCAGGACCAGAUCGCUGAGCUGCAAGCGCAGAUAGACGAGCUUAAGCUGCAGCUGGCAAAGAAGGAGGAGGAGCUGCAGGCCGCACAGGCCAGGAGCGACGAGGAGGCGGCUCAGAAGAACAACGCCCUGAAGCAGGUGCGAGAGCUCCAGGCCCAGCUGGCCGAGCUGCAGGAGGACCUGGAAGCUGAGAAGCUGGCCAGGAACAAGGCUGAGAAGCUGAAGAGGGACCUGAGCGAGGAGCUUGAGGCACUAAAGACAGAGCUGGAAGACACGCUGGACACGACCGCGGCGCAGCAGGAGCUCAGAACCAAGCGGGAGCAGGAGGUGGCGGAGCUGAAGAAGGCCAUCGAUGAGGAGACCAAGAACCACGAGUCCUUGAUCCAGGACAUGCGGCAGAGGCACUCCACUGCUCUGGAGGAGCUAUCUGAGCAGCUGGAGCAGGCUAAGCGGUUUAAAACCAACCUGGAGAAAAGCAAGCAGACCCAGGAGACCGCCAACAAGGAGCUGGUGAACGAGGUCAGAGGGCUGCAGCAGGCUAAGUCUGACUCGGAGCACAAAAGGAAGAAGCUGGAGGCACAGGUGCAGGAGGUCACGGCCCGGGUCACGGAGGUGGAGAGGUCAAAGGUUGAGCUAGCCGACCGCAGUCACAAGCUACAGGCGGAACUGGACAAUGUCUCCAUGUUGUUGGAAGAUGCAGAAAAAAAGGGAAUCAAGUUGGGCAAAGACGUGGCCAGCUUGGAAAGUCAGCUGCAGGACACACAGGAGCUGCUGCAAGAGGAGACGCGGCAGAAGCUGAACCUGAGCAGCCGCGUGCGACAACUGGAGGAAGAGAAGAGCAGCUUGCAGGAGCAGCAGGAGGAGGAGGAAGAGGCUCGCAGGAACCUGGAGAAGCAGCUGGCCACUGUACAGGCCCAGAUGUCAGAGACCAAGAAGAAGCUAGAGGACGACGUUGGGACAAUGGAGGGGCUGGAGGAGGUGAAGCGGAAGCUGCAGAAGGACAUGGAGAACACGGCCCAGCGGCUGGAGGAGAAAGCCAUAGCGUUUGACAAGCUGGAGAAGACCAAGACCCGCCUGCAGCAGGAGCUGGACGACCUGACGGUGGAUCUGGACCACCAGAGGCAGACAGUGUCCAACCUGGAGAAGAAGCAGAAGAAGUUUGACCAGAUGUUAGCAGAAGAGAAGAACGUGUCAGCUCGCUUUGCAGAAGAGCGGGACCGGGCAGAGGCUGAGGCCCGUGAGAAGGAGACGCGGGCCCUUGCGCUGACCCGUGCACUGGAUGAGGCCCUGGAGUCCAAGGAAGAGCUCGAGAGGCUCAACAAGCAGCUGCGUGCAGAGAUGGAAGACCUUAUGAGCUCAAAGGAUGACGUGGGAAAGAAUGUUCAUGAGUUGGAGAAAUCCAAGCGAGGCAUGGAGCAGCAACUGGACGAGAUGAAGACCCAGCUGGAGGAGCUGGAGGACGAGCUGCAGGCCACCGAGGACGCCAAGCUGAGGUUGGAGGUCAACAUGCAGGCCAUGAAGGCCCAGUUCGAGCGUGACCUGCAGGGCAGAGAUGAGAUGGGCGAGGAGAAGAAGAGGCAGCUGGUCAAGCAGGUGCGGGAGCUUGAGGCUGAGCUGGAGGACGAACGCAAGCAAAAAGCGUUGGCUAUGGCCGCCAAGAAGAAGAUGGAGAUGGACCUCAAGGACCUGGAGGCUCAGAUCGAGGCGGCAAAUAAAGCCCGUGACGAGGCUAUCAAGCAGCUACGCAAGCUCCAGGCUCAGAUGAAAGACUACCAGAGAGAGCUGGAAGAAGCUCGCGCCUCCCGGGACGAUAUCUUCGCCCAGUCGAAGGAGAAUGAGAAGAAGCUUAAGAACUUGGAGGCCGAAAUCCUGCAGCUGCAGGAGGACCUGGCUGCAUCCGAGAGGGCCCGUCGGCAUGCCGAGCAGGAGCGGGAUGAGUUUGCAGACGAAAUCUCCAACAGCGCCUCUGGAAAGUCGGCCUUGCUGGAGGAGAAGCGAAAGCUAGAGGCACGCAUCGUCCAGCUGGAGGAGGAGCUGGAGGAGGAGCAGAGCAACAUGGAGCUCCUCAACGAUCGCUUCCGCAAGACCACGAUGCAGGUGGACACCCUCAGCAUGGAGCUGGCCGGGGAGCGUAGCUCUGCCCAGAAGAGCGAGAGCGCCCGGCAGCAGCUGGAGCGGCAGAACAAGGAGCUGAAGUUAAAACUGCAGGAGUUAGAGGGUGCAGUGAAGAGCAAGUACAAGGCCGCUAUCGCCGCCCUGGAGGCCAAGAUCGCCCAGCUGGAGGAGCAACUGGAGCAGGAAGCCAAGGAGAGAGCAGCAGCCAACAAGACGGUGCGUCGCACGGAGAAAAAACUGAAGGAGGUGUUCAUGCAGGUGGAGGAUGAGCGUCGCCAUGCCGACCAGUACAAAGAACAGAUGGAGAAAGCCAACUCCAGGAUGAAACAGCUGAAACGGCAGCUGGAGGAGGCUGAGGAGGAGGCGCAGAGGGCCAACGCCAACCGCAGGAAGCUGCAGAGGGAGCUGGAGGAUGCCACGGAGUCCGCUGACGCCAUGAACCGAGAGGUCAAUGCACUGAAGAGCCGCCUCAGGCGAGGAGGGCCAAUCAGCUUCCCCUCUGGCCGCACGGGCCGACGGGCACUCCAGGUGGAGGGGGCCUCCCUUGAGCUGUCAGAUGACGAUGGCGCCACUAGUGAUAGCAAGGCCAACGAGGUGAACGAGGCAUCAACGCCUUCCCCCCAGGGCGAGUAGGGCACAGCCAUGCUCUCCAAGCUCCUCCCCUUUCCCCCACCCCACAGGUAGGCUAGCAAUUGUGCUUUAGGGCAGUCCUCCAGCAGCAAGGGGGCACCACCACACUCCCACCGUACUCUGUAAGGCUCAGAAAAGCAUUGAUCUCUUCUUUGUUAAUGUCAUCUGGCCUUGGGAUGACACUCUGCUUUCUAUAAAAAUUAAGUGCAUUUUAAAUAUUCCAUGUAUGUGUACACACAUAACUACAGUGUGUGUGUGAUUUUCUUAUAAUAAUGUGAAAAUAUUUCCUAAAUAGCCCUGUUGUACAACCUGUCCAUUUAUUGAAUAUGUUCAUAUGAAAAAGGCUUAUUUACAAGCAGGAUAAUCUUACAUCUGUAACUGCAUGCGGCUUCAUAUGCCAGCCAUUAGCCUCUGUCAUAAAUACAAUUAAAACCAGAGUUAUUUGUAGUUGUUUGACGUGCUUUGACCUCUGUUCAACAGAAACAUUCAGACCGCGAACAAAAGUGAUUUCCAAGGGAUUUUCCCACAAAAUGAGCAAGCUGCAGUUAGAAAUUUAGGAAACCAGUGUCAUUUUCCAUGUAACAGUGUUAGUGUGGCUUCAGAAACAAACUAAAAUGUUAAUUCCUGCACAAAGCCACGUUUAUCAACAUCUUACUAAUGCUACGAGGAGCACGCUCCCGUGGCCAGUCCGCCCCGCCCGCAUCCUGCGCAUUUGACUGUUAAUGAUGCAACUUGCAGCAAAAACAAUGCGACUGCAGGAGCGGAGCCAUGUGGCUGACCACUGAGCGUGCUCAAUGCCCGUUUUAUUAUCCAGACUUUGGGUGCUUGAAAGGUGCCACGUGUACCGAGCACAGAGCCCAAUUAUGUUCAUGCACGAAAGACGUUUCCUGAAAGUGCCUUAGAGAUGACGCAAGACAGAAUCUGGAGUGCGUGCGUAUGCUUACACAUAUAAAUCACCCAUUUAUGGAAAAAUCUUAGUGAAUGUGUCAGCACUGGGCUGCCUAGAGACCUGCCUGACCACAGCGUGUCAUGCAAGGUCCCCCAGGGCCGCACUGUCUGCUUCCUGUCCGCCUCCGAGCUUCCCUGCUACCCAAUCUAGCUGAGGCUGUUGGGCUUUAGUAGGCAGCUGCAGGAAUUGAGCACAGCAAGACUUCCCAAGACCAAACAUGUAAAGGACCACACCCUCCCUUACCUGUACAAAAUGUCCCGUCACCUGCCGUUGGGUUAAAAGCUUUAAUGUCCGAGGUUACGGUUAUUUUGGCUGCUGACCUUUUGUCCCUCCGCUUACAUUCUUUCCUGUACGCCUGUGUUUCUAGAAGAGGAUUUUUGUAAAAGGUAAUAAACUUGUUCAUUAUAGAACCUCAUUAUUUUA